AUGGCCGACUCUGUAGUUUCGAUUCAAUACCUCAAAGAUUUCGUCAAUUCUCAAAUCUACGACGAUGAGAAAUGGGCCUUCAAUGUGGCUGGUGCCCUCAACAAAAUUAUUCUCAGUUCCCUUUCUGAUUGUCGCAUCGUACACUCUCUUUCAUCGUCACGUGACGUGCAAUACAAGUUCAAAAUUGGACUUUGUUCUGAGAAAUCGUACACUAACUCUGAGCAGAUAGACCUUACUCUCAAGCUUUCUCCCUGCGGUCAAAACGCAGAAGAAAAGAUGGUUCUGACAAGUUCAUCAUUAGCAAUGGUUGGGGAGAAAGCUAGGAGCACUAUGAUGGAAUAUGGGGUUCAAGAAGAGAAUCCAUUUGUUCUAUGUCUAGCAGAGGGUGAGAAGGGUCUGGUGAGGUUUGGGGACUUGCAGACAAUGAGAAGAGUGAGGACUGGAAAGAGAUUAUUGAUGAAGAAGUUGCAGAUGGCUGCGGCUGCAGCGGCAGAGAAGUCUUUUCCGGUGUCUCCUGCCGGUGGUCAGCCCCUACAUCCCUCAAUUGAUGAUAAUCUCAAGAUGUUUGCUCAUCCCUCUUGGGAUCCAUGGCAUGAGGAGUGGAGGAAGCAUUUGACUUUGAACUGGGAUGAGGAAUGGUUUGGGGAGGGGCAGAAAAUUCUGCUGCAUGACAAAACAGGAGGAGUUAGUUCGAACUUCCAACCAUCACCAAAGCAUGAAAAUCAUUCCAUGCUUUCCCCAAAAGCAAUGCAGGAAAGGACACUGUGUCCAUCUGAGACUAUGAUUGAGGGGUCAUCCAAAAAGCUUAAACAUGUGAGCUCCUUUCAUGAAAUGCCUAGUGUGAUUACUACUGGAGAUGCCACUACUGGGAAGAGAAUAGAAGGGCUUAUGUACAAGUAUAAGAGAGACCAAGUGUAUAUUGUAUGCGUCUGCCAUGGCAGCUUCCUCUCCCCCACAGAAUUUGUGAUGCAUGCUGGUGGCAAGGAAGUGACAGAUCCCAUGAAACACAUCACUGAAGUCUUCAUCAAAGACAAAGGUGGUUUUUCUAAUUUGCUAACCUUCACAUUAGUGUUGAAAACAAAUGGAAAAUGUAAUGAACCUGAACUUGAAACAGGUUUUGCUCUUUUUGUGUUCCUAUUGCUUGUUGUUGGUUGCUCUGCAAGGCCGUUCUAUCCACUUCCCAGCAAAGGUGAUGGUGGAAGUAGGAAGCCCCUACAAAAUUUUCGCCCAUAUAAUAUUGCACAUCGCGGUUCAAAUGGAGAGAUUCCUGAAGAAACUCAUUGUGCAUACACGAGAGCCAUUGAAGAAGGGGCAGACUUUAUUGAAACUGAUAUCCUAUCAUCCAAAGAUGGUGUUCUUGUAUGUUUUCAUGAUGUUACCCUUGAUGAAACUACUGACGUUGCAAAUUACAAAGAGUUUGCUAAUCGUAAAAGAACAUAUGAAGUCCAAGGGGAAAACAUCACUGGGUUCUUUACUGUUGAUUUCACAUUAAAGGAGUUAAAGUCACUCAGGGUGAGACAGAGGUAUAAAUUCAGGGAUCAACAGUUUAAUGGAAUGUUUCAAAUCAUCACUUUUGAAGAGUUCAUUACCAUAGCACUCGAUGCAGAGAGAGUUGUUGGUAUAUAUCCGGAGAUAAAAAAUCCAGUAUUUAUCAAUCAACAUGUUAAAUGGUCAAAUGGCAAAAGAUUUGAGGACAAGUUUGUGGAGACACUUCAGAAAUAUGGGUUCAAGGGCUCCUACCUCUCAAAUAAUUGGCUGAGACAACCUGUAUUUAUUCAGUCAUUUGCUCCAACUUCACUGGUUUAUAUAUCAAAUAAAACGGACUCGCCCAAAAUUUUAUUAAUUGAUGACGUCGAUAUUCCAACGCAAGACACGAAUCAGUCAUAUUGGGAGAUUACAUCUGAUGAAUACUUCAACUACAUAAAGCAAUAUGUUGUGGGAAUUGGACCGUGGAAAGACACGUUGGUACCUGUGGUAAAUAAUUAUAUGAAAACUCCUACUCAUCUUGUUUCCAGGGCACAUGCUCAUAACCUGCAGGUGCAUCCAUACACUUACCGAAAUGAGAACCCGUUUUUGCACUUCAACUUUAGUCAAGAUCCGUAUAUGGAGUACGAUUACUGGAUCAACAAGAUAGGAGUUGAUGGUCUGUUUACAGACUUCACUGGUAGUCUUCACCAUUUUCAGGAAUGGACUUCUAAACGUGGACACCAUGAGGAGGAGGAUAUCAAUGACAAGACUGCAGCCAAACUGUUGCAUAAAAUUGCUUUGUUGCUCUCCUCUUAUAAAUUAUCUUGA